CGCACCAGCAGUCAGCUGACGGGAAGCGGCGGCAGUGCGGUCACAUGAUCGGAAGCAGCGGCGGCGCGGGGCUCAUGGAGCGCUACGACAAAGCGGCGCUGAACGCGGCCUUCGUGCCCGAGAUUCGGCAAAAUGAGGGUUCAUUAACAUCAACUUUAAGAACACUUCUGUUCUUCACAGCUCUAAUGAUCACGUUACCUGUUGGGCUGUAUUUUUCAUCAAAGGCUUAUAUAUUUGAAGGUACCUUAGGAAUGUCCAACAGAGACAGCUAUUUUUAUGCUGCCAUAGUUGCUGUAGUCACUGUUCAUGUGGUACUUGCGAUGUUUGUAUAUGUAGCAUGGAGUGAAGGCAGUCGACAGUGGCGGGAAGGCAAACAGGACUAAAAUGAAAGCCAUCAUCACCUGAUACCUACAGACUGUAAAUAUCAUUUCUGCAAAUGAAAAGCAUUCUUCAAAAUGUGUAAUAGAUGUACGCAAAGAUCAGGCUGAUAUCUCAGCCCCCUUCAGUUAUGAUAAGACCCGUCCUUGUCUUGGAUGUGUAGCAGUGUUUUCUGUAGUGCUGAUGGAAGUUGUAUGUGGGUGUAAUCAGCUUCUACUAGGUUGAGCUGAGGAGAUAUUCACAUGAAAUCAGAAUGAAAUACUUAAAAAAACAAACAAAUCACAUAGCUAUUUUUGCAAUUCUUAGUAUUUCUUCUGGCCUGCUCUGAAAAUAACAUUGCCCUGAAGCAAGCAUUAUGUUCUUAAAUUAACUAAGUUGCUAUUUAAAAAGUAAUGUACUUCACUUGCUGUCCAAACAAAAUGGAAAAGAUGAGAUUUCUGUGAUUAGUCCAGAUGUGCAUUCACUUAUUCUAAUUCAUCAGGUUACUACAAAUAUAGUUUACUUUGUUGGACGAAGUGGAAUAAAGGCAUUGUCCCAAAUAGGCAGCUCUUUAUGGUGAUGCGCCAGGCAGAAGCUUUGUACCUGUACCAACUGGAAGCUGUCAGAAAAAGCUGCAGAUGAGUUCUGAAAGUCUCAUUAAGGAGCACCUUCUGAAGUAUUCUGACCUUCCUAUCAAAAACAAAUGUUGCUUUCUGACUUCAGCAAUUCAUUUUUUCAGGACGUCUCAAUUCAGUUACUUGUGUGGAAUCAGUAGGUUGUUUAAAGUGUAACACGAGGUAAAUGUGUUUAGUGACCUUAUCCUGCAGUUAGAGUGUGAAUCCAAAGCACUAGACAAGCUUUGUCUGCUAUGAGGUGGAAUUACUCGUUGAAGAGGUUGAGUAAUUUGAAAAACUAGAACUUUUUACUUAGAAAAUCAUGGGGUGUCUUCCUAAUGUGGAAUACUCGCCUUUCCUCAUCUUCAAUUGUGAUUUUUGUUACAGUAUAAAACUUAAUCUCUAAUUUCCUUUUCUAUUGUUUUGAGAGCAUUUGUCUUAUUAGCACAGUGCUUAUCUUUCUGUUCUUCUACGGUUAAACCUCGAUGAAGCAAAAGAAAUGUGGCACGCUUUUUUUUAUGUCCUUACUUCUGUAUAUGUACUUGAUAAUUGCUGAAGGAUGCAACUGCAUUGCCUGUGGGGAACUACAGCAGUAACAGCUAUAAGCCGCGUUAAUGAGCAGUGGAGGAACAAGUGAGGUAUAAGGGAGAAAACAAGCUGUAGCUGUCUGCAACUGUUGUCCUUUAUGAAGCAGAACACAAGAACGAUCACGUUAUGGAAACUUUGCUUUUCUUCAUGUGUAUGAAUUGUACACUGUGAAGUGAUACAAUAUGUUGAGCUCUUUUUCUUCCUCAGUUGUGUAUGGACACUUUCUGUAGUACAACAAUGGUGAUGCUUUUGUGUUGUAGAAUAACAGCCUAAAUUUCAUAUCUCUGUUGGACUGAUGUUAGCAAUUAAUUUAGUGUGGAGAAGACUUCUCCCUUAGGUUCCAGCAAUGCACAGAACUUUUUCUAAAGCUGUUCACUUUUAACUUAUUGUACUUCAGGUCUUUCUGUUAAAUUGAGCUUUCGGUUUGUUGUAUUAGUUGAGUAUUUUUUGAAGUGUUUUGAUUAAUACAGGACUCAGAAUUAUUGUGUUGCUACACUUGUCUUCUGUAAAAUGUUCCCAUAAAUGAAACAAAAAUCAGGUGUCCAUGCCCAGUAGUGAGAGGAAUCUGUUCCCAGAACUCAUUCCUCUUUUCAGCCUGUGUGUGUGUGUGUGUGUGCAAACAUACACACUGUGUUAGGGCGUUAGUUAAGCAUUAGCAAUGAAACCUACACAGGAGCAUGAGGCUAAUACAAAUUACUUUUACUUUGUAUUUCUGCAAUGUUAGAUUGCUGCCAGCAAAGUGGAGAACAACUGAUGACGGAUGAGAAAAGUGAACAUCUCAUAGCACUGAAAUAGGAAUGUAGUUCUUAUUAUGAUGUAUUGGGUCUCUGUUCUCCAGUGUGUGGAACACGCACGUUGUAGAACAAGUAAUUUACUUUAAUAAGAAACUGCUCUGCAAUACAUGAUGCACUAAAUAAAUGUGUGUGCUGAACAUUUGGAAUAAUAUCUUUAAUAAUGCUCAUGAAUACUGCAGCUUACAAGUACAUCAGCCGUGGCAUUAUUCAGUAGCUGUGGUUAUUUAUAAUGGUGUAUGGAUGUGAAAAUGGUUGUUGUGCUUUACUGCUUGGGUCUAGUGCUGUUUCACUUCAUACACCUGAAUUCUUAGCUGCUAGAUUAGUUUCCUAGGAAUAGUAAGGAACCAACAAAAAUCUAAGAAACUUGAUUUAUGUAUAGAAAUCAUAAUGUCUCAGCAGCUGGACGCGGGAAGAUCUUUUCUCUUUGAAGACAAUGUUUUGAUCAGAGAUGUUCUCCCUGAGAAAAGGGAGAGUUUGUGACUUUCUGGGCAGUAACAGUCAAAUACCCCUGGGUUUUACCUUGCCUAUGGUUGGAAGCUGAAACAACCACUAAGGUAAGUGCUGCAAUGAGAACAGUCAAGUGAUGGAAUUACACCGUGACUUGGAAGCUCAAAGAAGAGAAACUACAGCCAUAUUACCUACAAUCUGCAUGGAAUAGAUACUCUGCUGGGAGUCGCGUUGUGCCUUAAAAAUGCCAAGAUUUAUUAUAUUUCAAGAGCUUGAUUGUGUUGUUUGUUUUUUUUUUUUAUUAAGUGCUUAUAUUUCCUCAUGUCUUCGUUAGUUCCCAGGCUAACUUAACUGGUGAGUCACAUUUUUAUUGUGUCAUGAUCCUUGUGAUUGUUCUGCUGUUUAAAUAUUGGUACUCCACAACUGUGAUCAGUUCCCGUAUUUUGUUGCAUUGCUUUUAUUUUCUAUAAAAGGACAAUGUGAUAUUUGGAA